AUGGAAUUUCGGUGUCGAUUGAAAACAGAAUCAACGCUAAACAAAAAAGAUACUAAUCAAAUACAAUUAUUUAUUGAAGAGCAAUCAACAAUUGACACUGCUAGUCUUCCAUCAUCAUUAGGAACGCCGUCUAUGCCUAAACAAAGCGAUUGGAGAAAAGAUAAAUGUAAUAUAAGUCUAUUAUUAUUCCUAUAUUUAUUACAAGGUAUUCCACUUGGUAUGGCUGCAUCAAUACCUUUAAUUAUUCAAACAUAUGGUACCAGUUGGUCUCAACAAGCAAUAUUUUCAUUUGCUUUUUGGCCAUUUAGUCUUAAACUUCUUUGGGCACCAAUUGUCGAUGCAUUAUAUAUAAAAAGAUAUGGUCGAAGAAAAACAUGGCUUAUACCAGUACAAUAUUUAAUUGGAUUAGUUAUGAUUAUACUUUCAUAUCAUAUUAAUGAUAUAUUACUGACAACACAAGCAUCAAUAAAUAAUCAACCACAUAUUUAUUUUCUUACAUCAAUUUUUUUUGGUUUAUCAUUUCUUGCAGCUACACAAGAUAUUUGUGUCGAUGGUUGGGCACUUUCAAUGCUUUCAAGAGAAAAUGUUGGCUGGGCAAGUAUAUGUAAUUCUGUUGGUCAAACCGCUGGAUAUUUUUUGGGUAAUGUCGUUUUUCUUGCAUUUGAAUCAAAAGAUUUUGCAAAUAGUUAUAUACGACAACCAUUGAAUAUGGAAUUACAAUCAACUGGAUUAAUUACAUUACCUGGUUUUCUUCUAUUCUGGGGAAUAAUUUUUCUAAUAUCAACAACAUUAGUUGCUUUAUUAAAACAUGAAAUUGAUGAAAAUUAUGAUCCAAAUGAACCUCAUUUUGGUCUUACUGAAACAUAUAAAGUUCUUCUAAAAGUUUUUCGUUUAUCAUCAGUACAAUCCAUAGCACUGAUUUUAUUAACAGCUAAAAUAGGUUUUGCUGCAACAGAUGCAAUGACUGGAUUAGAAUUAAUUGAACGUGGUGUUGCAAGAGAUUCAUUAGCUUUAUUAGCUAUACCAUUAGUACCAUUACAAAUUAUUUUACCAUUUCUUAUAUCAAAAUAUAUGACUGGAAGGAAACCAUUAAAUGUUUAUAUUAAAUCAUAUCCAUUUCGAUUAAUUUUAGGUAUAAUCAUGGCUAUAUUUGUUUAUUAUACACCAACAUUUCAAAAUUAUAAUAAAACAUUUCCUUGGUAUUAUUAUACAUUAGCUAUUAUUAUUUAUGGUAUACAUCAAAUAUUUGUUUACAAUAUGUUUGUUUCUCAAAUGGCUUUUUUUGCUCAAGUUAGUGAUCCUAAAAUUGGUGGAACAUAUAUGACAUUACUUAAUACAUUAUCAAAUCUUGGUACUAAUUGGAUUUCAACAACUGCUUUAUAUGCAGCUGAUUAUUUAACAUGGAAAACAUGUUCAUUAGGUGGUAGUCAAUGUGAAACAGAGAAUGAAGAAAAAACUUGUCGUAUAUUAGGAGGUGUCUGCCAUCCAUCUAUAGAUCCUUAUUAUAUUGAAAUAACCAUAUGUAUUACAGCGGGUAUUAUUUGGCUUCUGUGGAAAUAUCAAACAAUAAUCCGUUUACAGUGUUUACCGAUCACUGCAUGGCAAAUACGAAGUAAUCGUCGGAAAAGUCAUAUAUUAGCAGAGGAUGAUGAAUCAUCAUUCUUAAUUACUGCAUAA